AUGGCGACUUCUCAGGUUGACGACGGUGAUGGCAGCGGCAACGGCGGCGACGACAGCGGCGGCGGUGGCGGCAACAGCGGCAGCAACGGCGCUGGCGGUGGCAGUGUUAGCUGCUGCUGCUACGGCGGCUGCUUUGACGUUGUAGGCGACAGCAGCGGGGGCGGGGGGGGAGGCGGUAGCGGAGGCGGAGGCGAAGGUGAAGGCGAAGGCAAAGGCGAAGGCGAAGAUGAAGGCAAAGGCGGCGGCGAUGGCAACAGCGGCAGCAGCAGCAGCGAUUAUUUUGUUGGCGACGGCGGUGGCGGUGGCGAUGAUGACGAUAGCGACGGUGAUACUGACGAUGAUGAUGACUAUGAUAAUGGUGGUGGUAGUGAUAAUGGUAAUGGUGUUAGUGGUGGUAGUAGUGGUAGUGGUGGUGGUAGUGAUGGUGCUGGUGAUGGUAGUGGUAUUGAUGGUAGUGGUGGUGGUGGUGGUGUUUAUAUAUUGUUAUACUCGAUGAGACGAGCAUACAAAACUCUUGCGAAGGGAGGCGCGAACGCACAACACGAAAUAACCAGGUACUCUUUUAUAAAAAAGACUCAUUCUCAGUUUCCGAAGAAAGAACGAUUCUCCGAACCCGUUCUCCAAGACGUGAACUUCCAGGGAAGUACGACGACUUCCUGCUCUAUCCCAGGCUUCUGCCACGGGUUACCGAGCGUCGCUCGUGUCAUUCCCAAUCCAAUGACCUCCAGGACGAAAAAGGAACGAGAGAACGUCUCCUUCCACCGCUGA